UAGUGCCUUUUUAACGACCUAAAUUUCGAAGCCUUCAAUGGUUUACAUGUUUAAUAUGGCUGUUCUGACUUGAUGUACUGCGGAUCAAAUCCAACCAUGGCAGUACAACAAGUCAACAGAUAAACUGAAUAGAAAGGAAGAGUCAGAGUGUACGACGAUGAUUGCACUGAUUUUCCCCUUCUUUUUUUCUCACAGCACGCUGCUCAUAGUGAGAUCGCUUUCGUCUGAAAAGCCCCAAAUGACAAUCCAGCCUGCUCUCACUAUGGCGAGCUCAAUGAUGUAGAGUUGCGUACAAGUUCAGCAAAAGAGAGAGGAUCGCAUGAGUGGAUGAGCGCUGAGCGCACUGGCUCAAAGAGAGAAUUGUGAGGGAGAGGAAUUGAUGAGAGCGUAUAUAAGCAAGUGCUCAAAGCAAAGAAGGGGGCUUUUUGGAAUAAACAGUUGGACAGAGAACUAUUAACAGCACCGAACUAACGGGCAGGAUUCUACAAUUGGCGCAGCCGGUAGUGAAAAUUUUGUUAAAAUAAAGGAAAGGUAUAUACAAUGGAAGAUCGGAUUUAUCCGAAGUACUGUGAAGUUUUCAAAAGCGUAAUAGUUGGUUAAAAGUGAGCUUCAAUUAACAUAGUGUAAUACCAUAAUAGCGAUACACGAAGUGAAAAUGGAAGAAAAUUGGCCAUUGCAACCGUUCAAUGAGUCGGUGGAUGCUUCGGAUUUACGCCGUGAGUGGGAGGAGUGGCACCGAGCAUUUGAGCUAAUAAUAAUGCUUAAAAAGAUCAAUACGCAAGAUGAGAAGUUGGCGUACAUGCUGGCACGUGGAGGUCGAGGAUUGCAGAGAAUUUACUUCAAUUUGGCUCCGGUAUCAGGAGAAGAACAGCCAAGUCCAGCAGUAAUACCCUUUCAGCAACCACAAGUUCCGGAGUACGACAAUGCUAUUAAACGUUUAAAUCAUUUCUUUUUGGGAAAGAGAAACGAACGCAUCGAGUUGGAGCUUUUUCGUUCUCUAAAACAAGAAAAUGAAGAAUCGUUCAACCAGUUUGUGUUGCGACUAAGGACACAAGCUGCACGAUGCGAUUUCCACGAACGAAUAGUAAAAGAAAUAGCACACCAAAUAACUGUAUGAGCAAAGGAUGAGCGAGUAAGAGAUAAAGGGUUAGAAAAUACGAUGGAAUUGGAUGAACUCAUUAAUUACGCAAUCAAUAGAGAAAUUCUGAUAGGCCAAAAGAUGAAGAUCAAGGAUAAGGAACAGGAAUCAUCAAUAGCGUAUGUAAAAUCAAUGCCAGUAACAGAAAAAAGGAAAUGGCGUGAGUCUAGCUGCUAUCGAUGCGGUUCGUGGCGACACAGUGGGGAUUCAAGUGAGUGUUAUGCGCGUAAAGCACGAUGUAACUCUUGCGGACGAGUAGGUCAUUUUGGUAGAGUUUGUAAGAAAGACGGACGGAACUCGGUCAAAAACAAUUAUCAAUGGAAGAGAGCAAAGAAUGAACCAACGGAUCGACGAGAACAAAAUCAACGAAAUGAAGCGAAUGAAAAGGACAGCCUUAAUGAGAUUUUUACCACGACGCGACUAUUGGACAACGGUAUGGUUAAAUGCAUGUUAGAUACGGUUCAUGUAGUUUUCCUAAUAGAUUCCGGUGCAUCAGUAAACACAGUGACAGAACAAGUAUGGUUAGAAUUACAAAAAUCAAAGGCAAACAUUCAAGAUAUAUCUUACAAUUGCGAUAAGCAAAUCACAACGUACGCUAGUAAUCAGCCUCUGAAAUUAAUUUUAAAGUUUAAAGCAGUAAUAUCAAUUAAUCAGAGUAAACCUACAACUUUCGCUGAAUUCAUUGUAGUGCAAGGCAGUAAUAAGUCGUUGUUAGGUAAAGUGACGGCUGAGGAAUUAAAAGUUUUGAAAGUAGGCUUGGAAGUACAAAAUAUUGAGGAAAGAUGUCAACCAUUUCCGAAAUUCCCCGGUAUUCAGAUUCGAUUAUCUAUUAACAAAGAAGUUCCGCCGAAGAAAAUAUCCUAUGUUCGCAUUCCCAUUGCACUGGAGAAAAAGGUAGAAAGUAAAAUUCAACAGAUGUUAGAAACUGAUAUAAUAGAACCAGUUGAUGGUCCCCCCGAAUGGAUAUCACCAAUGGUGGUGGUACCAAAGGGCAAAGACGAUAUUAGAAUUUGCAUAAAUAUGAAGUAUCCAAAUCAAGCCAUACAACGAGAGCAUUUUCCACUUCCAGUUAUCGAAACUUUAUUGAACAAAUUACAAGGAUGUAAGAUUUUCUCAAAACUUGAUAUAACUUCGGCUUAUCACCACGUAGAACUCCAUCCAGACUCGAGAGGAAUCACCACUUUUAUGACAAACAAAGGAUUAAUGCGUUUUAAACGAUUGAUGUUUGGAAUAAAUUGUGUGCCAGAGAUCUUUCAGCGGAUUAUGACGCAAAUGCUUCUAGGAAUAGCUGGUGUAGUAAUCUACAUAGACGAUAUAGUCAUUGCAGGAAAAGAUAAAGUGGAACAUGAUAGUCGAUUAAAGCAGGUGUUAGAAAUACUAGGAAAGAAUAAUGCUACAUUGAAUAAGGAUAAAUGUUCUAUAGAAGUAAAAGAAUUGGAAAUCCUCGGCUACAAUAUAAGUGCGUCAGGUAUUGGUCCCACAGAAGCUAAAAUAGAGGCUAUAAAAAACUUUAGGAAACCAAUAACAAAAGAAGUGACUAGAAGCUUCUUAGGUUUAGUUAAUUUUGUUGGGCAGUUUAUUCAUCACCUUUCAAGUAGAUCAGAACCAUUACGAAAAUUCAUCAGAGGAGAAAUAGAAGUAUUUGGAAAAGAGCAAGAAGCAGCGUUUGAUGAUUUAAGACUGGAAUUGUCGAAUAAUGUACGUAAACUGGGUUUUUUCAAACCGGAAGAGGACACGGAACUGUAUGUUGAUGCUUCUCCAACAGGAUUAGGUGCCGUGUUGAACCAGAGGAAUAAGAAAGGCAUGUCUAGGAUUAUAAGCUUUGCAUCAAAAGGCUUGACGAAACCUGAAAAGGUCUAUCCACAAACGCAAAGAGAAGCGUUAGCAGUAGUAUGGGCUGUUGAAAAAUUUUAUCCAUACUUGUUUGGUACUACAUUUACCAUCUUUACAGACCAUAAAACAUUAGAGUAUAUAUUUGAAGGAAAGCAUCAAAGCGGCAAACGAGCUUGUUCUAGAGCGGAAGGCUGGGCUUUAAGACUACAGCCAUAUAAUUUUGUAGUAAAAUACAUUCCAGGCUCAUCUAAUAUUUCAGAUAGUUUAUCAAGAUUAUGCCCUAAUUCAGAUAAAGAUAAAUCGUUUGAUGAAGCUUCUGAACAUUAUGUAUAUACCAUUGAGAGCGAGUCUGAAGCAAUUACGUUAAACGAAAUUAAAGCGGAAACAGAUAAAGAUGAAACAAUGAGAGAGGUCAUUAAAGCAAUUGAAAAUCAAUCUUGGAAACCAAAACUAGCACACUAUCAGGCAUUUAGUAAAGAACUAGGAAUAGUGCAGGGUAUUGUAGUUAGGGACGAUAGAUUAGUUCUACCUGAAAAAUUGCGUCAAAAGGCCCUAAAGAUAGCUCACAUAGGUCACCCUGGCGAAGAAACUAUGAAAAGAAAACUUAGGGAAAGAAUGUGGUGGCCAUAUAUGGACCGAGAAAUCACAUGUUUUGUAAAAGCUUGUGCUGGUUGUGCAGCAGUGAGACCUUUGGGUCACGCAGAACCAAUGAUUAGAAAAGAAAUGCCAGAUCGUCCUUGGCAGGAUAUUGCAAUAGAUUUUUUUUCGGUUAAGGAAUAUGGAACGUUUCUGGUAGUUGUCGAUUACUACAGCAGAUUCAUAAAAAUCAUUGAGAUGAAAAUUACAUCAGCAAGUAAGACUAUCGAGGCUUUAGAGACAAUAUGCAAGGAUCAAUCAUAUCCAGAAUCAAUUAGAUGUGACAAUGGGCCACCUUUUAGUAGUGAAGAAUUUAAAAACUAUUUUAAACGUAAAGAUAUAAAAAUAAUUCACACAAUACCGUAUUGGCCACAGAUGAAUGGACUUGUGGAAAGGAAUAAUAGAGGUAUACUUCGUGCUUUGCGAAUUGCGAAAGCAGAAAAAAACAGAUUGGCGCGAAGCAAUUAUAAAAUAUGAAAAUAUGUACAACACCACUCCACACUCCAUAACGGGAAAAGCUCCGCUUGAACUACUCACUGGAAGACCAAUCAAAGGCCUAUUGCCAUCGUUAAGAACUACAGAGGUUUGGAAUCGUGAUAGUGAAGUUAAGGAAAGAGAUGCUAUAAAGAAAAUGAAAGGAAAACUUUACGCAGAUAGAUCAAGGAAAUCCAAACAGUCUGGAAUUAAAGUAGGAGAUAGAGUGCGGGUAUGGCAUUACCAGCAAGGAAAAUCGGAGCCAAAUUAUGGAAUUGAGAUAUUUAAGGUGUUAAGAAAAGUAGGAAAUGAUACGGUAGUUGUAAGUAGUGCAGGUGUAAAAUAUCGCCGGCCCGUGGCUCAUUUAAGUAAGGUUUGUGACGAAGAAACGCAACAAAACAAUACAAUAAGUACACAACAUAAACAGCAACAAAAGGAUAAGAAGGAAUUUAAACGUCCCACGCGCAUUCGAAAAAUCCCAAAUAGGUAUAAUGAUUAGUUUUUUUUCUUUUCUUGCUUUAAGUAAUAAUAAUUAAAAUAUAUUUGUAAUGUACAUAUUUCACUUCCGAGUAGAAAAGGGAUGUAGAGUUGCGUACAAGUUCAGCAAAAGAGAGAGGAUCGCAUGAGUGGAUGAGCGCUGAGCGCACUGGCUCAAAGAGAGAAUUGUGAGGGAGAGGAAUUGAUGAGAGCUAUAUAAGCAAGUGCUCAAAGCAAAGAAGGGGGCUUUUUGGAAUAAACAGUUGGACAGAGAACUAUUAACAGCACCGAACUAACGGGCAGGAUUCUACAAAUGACAGCUGAUUCAACCCAUGCUGAGAGGCUAUCAUCGUUUCCUCCUGCGUACUGAGCAAGCUUGUUUUUCCCCUCGCUGAGGCGAGCUGAUUCCCGUCCGGCAAAAUUAGUGUAUUUUUUGAGUGAUUUGAGUACCGUCCCCCGU